AUGGCUUCGUUCACCGUAUACAAGGGAUCCAAAGACGGUAUCGUCGUGAAGAGUAGCGCCACCAAGCCACAACUCACCGGCGAUAAAGUAUUGAUGAAAAUUACGGCAUCCGGACUUUGUGGGACGGAUCUACAUUACCUGGACCAAGAUGUCGUCCUCGGCCACGAGGGCGUCGGCAUCGUCGAGGAAGUCGGUCCGGACGCCAAAUACCUGAAGAAAGGCGAUCGCGUGGGGUUCGGCUACGAGCACGAUAGCUGCGGGCACUGCCGCGAAUGCCUCACGGGGAACGAGACGUAUUGCGCGGACCGCGCCAUCUACGGCACGGAGAAGGUCGACCAGGGUAGCUUCUCUUCGUACGCGGUUGUGCGCGAGUCGUUCCUGCACGAGAUCCCGGAGGGCAUGAGCGACAUCGACGCCGCACCCCUGCAAUGCGCCGGCGCGACGGUAUUUGCAGCUUUAAGGGCGCAUGAUACGCAGCCUACCGAGACGGUUGGAGUUAUCGGACUAGGGGGCCUCGGACACAUGGCAGUCCAAUUCGCAGCUAAGAUGGGCAACCGCGUCGUCGUUUUGUCUGGCUCCGACAGGAAGCGCGAAGAAGCCAUGAGACUCGGCGCCCACGAGUUCGUCGUCACCAAGGGCAAAGACAAGCUAGAAGUUUCGUCCCCUCUGGACCGAUUGCUGGUGACCACGUCGGCGCAGCCGGACUGGGAGCAUCUGAUGCCUAUAAUGGCGCCCGGCUCCGCCGUCUACCUAAUGUCGGUCGCGAGCGGCAACCUUGAGGUGCCGUACAUGCCCUUGGUCUUAAACGGUAUCGCGGUGCAGGGAUCCCUCGUGGCGUCGAGGAUCCUGCAUAGGCAGAUGCUGGCGUUUGCGGCGUUGCACGGCAUCAAACCGAUCACCGAAGUUUUCCCUAUGACAGAAGAGGGCAUCAGGGAGGCGAUUGGGAGGCUUGAGCGCGGGGAUAUCCAUCUCAGGGCUGUGCUGACGGCUGUGUGA